UAAAUGCAAGGCGGAAAUAACGAGGUCACGUGAGUCGGAGGCUGCCAGGGCAGUAGCGUCUCCAUGACAACAUUUGAAGAGGACAGUAUCUGUUCACAACGCGACCAAACGGUAAAAGGAAAGGAUGGCUGAAACAGUAGAUGGUAAAAAAGAUGAAGCGGACUACAAAAGAGUGCACAGCUUUCCUCUCAUAAGGCACACAGACAUGCCGGAAGAGAUGCGAGUGGAGACCAUGGAGCUCUGCGUGACAGCCUGUGAGAAAUUUGCCACCAACAACGAGAGUGCUGCCAAGAUGAUAAAGGAGUCCAUGGAUAAGAAAUUUGGGAAUUCGUGGCAUGUGGUCAUUGGUGAAGGUUUUGGGUUCGAGGUGUCCCACGAAGUCAAGAACCUGCUGUACAUGUUCUUCGGGGGAAGUCUGGCCGUGUGUGUUUGGAAAUGUUCCUGAUGUCACCUCUUGGCCACACAGUUGGCACUGUGAGAUAUUUGUACCCACAGACUUGUCUUUACUAUGCAGCCCUGUUUGACUUGAUGUGUGUGUGAAAUGAUGUGUGAGGAGGGAUACAAAUUCCUAGGUAUGUAUGCAUUUUUCCUCAGGUUUUAAUCUUCAGGCUUUAAUUUUAAUGUUAUGACAUGGACAUGAUCAUGCACAGUAUUCUGAAAGGAAAUGUGUUUACAGACUUGCAUUAUUUUUGUCCUUUUUUAAUUUAAUAUGAAUGUAAAAAUCCCAAUUUACACUACUGACUGUUUUACAGCUAACCCCGGUCCUUUGAAAUUUUUGUCUGGAUAAGAAAGUGUGUUUUAUAUACUGUAUAAAAUAUAUCUCCCCAUCCUAUUUGACAUAAACACAUGAUAUAAAGGAAAUAAAUCUUUUAUAGUCUAGAAUACUA